AUGGUCCUCUCCGGUCACUGCCUCUGCGGUGCUGUCACCUACAAGAUUGACGUCGAUGCUCCUCUCGUCACCGGCUAUGACCAUUGCGAUGACUGCCAGCGACAGAGCGGCUCAACCUACUCGCUGGUCUGCGUCGUCCCCAAGGACAAGGUGAACUUCUCCGGCCCCAUCAAGAGCUACGCAAAGGCCGGCAGCUCUGGCAAAGACGUGCAUCGCCUGUUCUGCUCCGAGUGCGGUUCCCCCAUCGCCCACGACCCCGAUGCCGCCCCGGAGAUCAUUGCGAUCAAGGGUGGCACUCUCGAUUCUGACAUCAAGAAGACCCUGAAGCCGGACACCGAGAUCUGGACCGUUGGCAAGCUCCCUUUCUGUCAGGAGCACCUCGCAAAGCCCUUCGAGCACAUGCCUGAGUAA